AUGACGGGGAAAUACAUUAUAGUUCACGGUGGAGCUGGCUAUCACAGGGAAUCUUCUGAAUCUUCAGUCAAACGCGCCCUCCGACGGGCGAGCAAAAGAGCCUAUUGCUCUAGUACAGCGAUCGAACUUGUCGAAAACGCUAUAUCCAUACUUGAGGACGAUCCAUACCUGAAUGCAGGCUUUGGAUCAAAUCUGACGCUCCAGGGUACUGUUGAAUGCGAUGCAAGCAUAAUGGAUGGUGCAAGGAAAGCAUUUGGAAGCGCCGGUGCCAUCGCAGGUAUCAAAAAUCCUAUUCGAUUAGCGCGUUCGGUGCUAGAAUAUUCUCAAAUUUCCGACCCUCUCGGACGUAUUCCACCUUUAAUGCUUGUUUCUCCGGGCGCCAAUUUAUUUGCCGAGCGUCAUCUCGACAAGCGUUAUAUUGUGGAUCCCACCUCCCUCGCAAGUCAACAAGCUGUUGAGAAUUGGAAACAUUGGACUACAAAUCUACACCAGGCUACACAAGGACUAGAUGUCGUCGACCGCGAAAAACUGCACGAUGUUCAGGACACUGUCGGUGCCAUCGCCUGGUGCGGUCCUUCAGAUAUUGCGGCUGGUGUUUCAAGUGGCGGUUUAUUGCUGAAACAUUCUGGGAGGAUCGGUGAGGCAGCCAUUUAUGGUGCCGGAUGUUGGGCACAACGAGACGAGGCGGUCGGCAUAGACGGGAGGAUGCUAAAUCGAUAUAUAGCGUGCAGCGUUUCAGGUGCCGGUGAAAAUAUAAUUAAGUCAUCGUUAGCCAAGCUUAUUGGUCAAACCGCUGGCGAAGCUCUUUCUUCUGAUCAAGAUAUACAUAGCGUGCUAGAAAGGGUGUUAACGAUAGAUCUGUAUGGUAUGACACAUGCAAAGAAACUUUGGAACAAAACCCGAAAGCGGGGAUAA